UCGACUGAAAUUAAACAGUGGGACAAACAGGAGAUCAGUUGCUGCUAGGGGUCUUCAAUCCCAACGCACGCGGGAGGGAAAAGGAUCUAAGAAUUUGAUUCCAAAAAAAAAAAAUCAAAUCAAAUCAAAUAAUUUGGAGGAGAGAUGAAUCGAUUGGCCAACGAAUCGGAGAUGAAAUGGAUGCCGCUGCUCUACGGCGUGACGGCCGGCAUCAGCAGCUUGGUCAUCGUCUUGAUGCUCGUCUGGAUCUUCCAGUUUCGAGACGGUUUCGCCUGGCAGAAUUUGCCCGCUAUCCAGUUCAAUUGGCAUCCUCUUCUCAUGGUCGUCUCGCUUAUCGUCCUCUACGGUCACGGCAUUCUCGUCUAUCGUCUGCUGCGUAACGAGCCCAAAAAGAAGCUGAAACUACUUCAUGCCGUCAUCAUGAUCUCUGCCUUGUUGCUGGCUUCCAUCGGUCUCAAGGCCGUCUUCGACUCGCACAAUCUGGCCGAUCCACCGCUGCCCAAUUUGUACACGCUGCACAGCUGGAUCGGUCUAGCCGCCGUCAUCUGUUUUGCACUGCAGUGGCUCUUUGGAUUCGUCGCUUUCUUAUUUCCGGUGCGCCAUUCGCUGCGCUCUUCCUAUAUGCCGUUGCACGUCUUUGGCGGUCUGAUGAUCUUCGGCUUGGCAACCGCUGCAGCACUCAGCGGACUCCUGGAAAAGGCCAUUUUCUCCAGAGUGUCGUACGCUCCGUUGACUGCUGAAGGAAUCCUCAUCAAUUCGACUGGCAUUGCCAUAGCCUCUUUGUCGCUUUUGAUCGUUUACAUCGCCACUCGGUGGCAGUACAAGCGACAACCGCUGCCAGAGGAUGAAUUGCUUCUUGCCGACCAAUUGGCUGAAUGAAAAAUUUAUUGGUAACGUUACCACAAAACAAAGUUAUGGAGAAA